GGAAAACUAAACCGUCGAAGGAAAAGUCAUACGAAUUGGCCCAAAAGAGGUCAGCAUCAACGAUAUAGAUGUUUAUACACAGACGCUCUAUAAGCAAGCAAGCCCAUAUAUGAAGGAGCCUGUUUUCUAUGAGCCGUUUGGAGCGCCUGGCGCUGGCGAUAAUGUCUUCACAACAGCAGACCCUAAGCUUCAUUCGUUGUUACGACGAACCAUGGCGAAUAGCUUCUCUCGGAAGAGCAUCCUGGAGUUCGAACCUCAAAUUUGGGACACCGCGAACAAGAUGACAAGUGUUCUCCAACGCGAGUUCGCAAAUCGACCUCGUAACGUGAAUGUCUCGAGCAUGCUUCGCUGUAUGAUGCUAGAUGUCAUCUCCGUCUUCGCAUUUGGGAAAGACAUGGGUGCUCUUGACAAAGAGGGGUUCGCGGAAGAAGUAUUGACGGCUUUCAAUAAUUUCGAUACGAGUAACUUCAUGUUUCAAGGCUCGCCCCGGCUUAGGCAGAUCUUGCUCCCAAUACUGUCAAAUAUACCAAUCGACAAUUUUCAGGCAGUCACACGAAUGCUUGCUAAAGUCGACGAACAGCUUGCUAAAAUCUCACUUACGGACAAAUCUUCGAGUGCCUUGCUAAAGGGUACCAUGGAGUCCCGCGAGAAGAUGGGGUUGCCCGUGACUAAGCUUAUCCUUCGACAGGAGGGUCUCGGUGCAAUCUUUGCUGGGACAGACACGACGGCUAUCAGUCUCACAUAUGGCACAUGGGCGAUCCUAUCCAAUGAAGCCAUCCGAUCCAAGCUCACGGAGGAAUUGAGAACAGUUUGGGCCCACCGUGAAGAACACCCGUCUUUGAACACCCUGGAAGGACUGCCGUAUCUUCAAGCUUGUGUCAAAGAAUCACUCCGAUAUGCCACAUCGGUUUCUGGACGUCUUCCGCGUGUUGUGGGUGAAGGGGGUCUUUCCGUCCAAAACUACAACUUACCACCCGGGACUGUUGUAAGUUCUUCAAAUUAUCUGAUGCAUUUUGAUGAGGAUGUGUUUCCACAACCCUUCGUAUUCGACCCUUCUCGGUGGCAUACAGGCGAUGUUGCGGCUUUGAAACUUCGUAAUCGGCAUCUGGUUCCAUUCAGCGAAGGGUCGCGGAGAUGUGUUGGUAUGAAUUUAGCACAAGCGGAGAUGUACAUCACUCUAGCAUCAAUUUUCAGGUGGUUUAAAGCGGUCGAGGUGGUGGACAAAGAAAUACGUGGACACCGGAUCCUUACAACUGCAGUUCCAGAUGGAGUGUGGGCCAAAGUAGCGAGCAUCAAAGACGAAGUGGAACGGGAGAGUAGUUAUUAA